GUCAACAACGAGAUUUUGCACCACGAAAACACUAAUCUACGAGAAGUACUUGCUAUCAAAAAUCAUCUAAAGAAGCAAAAGAAGCCUCUAGAGCUCCAGCAAAGCAAGCAGUAUCAUACUCCGGCGGUGGUGUGGAGUCCUAGGACAAUAGAAGAUGCGAGAGCUCAAGAACACGAGGCAAGGACUGCGCGGGAGUUAAAGAAAAUAGCGAGGGAUAAAGAGAGAGAAGUGAGGGCCAAAGAACUCCAGUUAAGACGCGCCCAAAAAGCUCGCGAUCGCGCAGUCGCAACUUCAAAAAAAGCUCGCAAUAAGCAAAAUAUACCUAAACAAAAAGCUUCAUCGUCUCAAAAGUCAAAAAAGUCAAAGGGUGGUGGUGAUGCAGGCAGCCAAAGUGGUGGUGCGUCUGCAUCGUCGGCUGCGCAGCCCACCACCAAAACAACGAUGCGCGGCCGCAACAUCAAACUGCCAAAGAAAUUUGAGUAGAUAGGAUUGUUUUUUGAACUAUUUAGACUACUC